CGUCCAGGAAACUAUCUGUGUCACCAUCCAUCAACUCUGCAAACAUUUGAAUAUUACCUUGAUCAUGGCUGUGACAAAGCAACCAGGACGAUUCCAGCCCUCAGAUUUCCAGACUGACUUGUGUGAUUGCUUCAGUGACUGUGGGACAUGCGCAUAUGGAUUUUUCUGCUACUACUGCCUCGGCUGCAACAUUGCCAGUGAAAUGGAUGAGUGCUGCCUAUGUGGUCUGGGAAUGCCCAUCCGUAGCGUCUACAGGACCAAAUACAACAUUAAGGGCUCCAUGUGUAAGGACUUCAUGGUGACCUUGUGCUUUCCGCUGUGUGCCACCUGCCAGCUGAAGAGAGACAUCAAACGCAGAAAGCAGCAGGGCAUUUUCUGACCGGAUACUUCCUCCUGACACCUCAAACGUCUUCUCUUCCCUUUUUGAUGACAAUAUGAAAACUGAUUUCCUAUAAACUCAACUUUUACUGCUGUACAAACUGUGAACUUAAAUCUGUUAUAAUCAGAUGACAGGAUGUAGACUUGUUUGCUCUUUGUUUCAUUGCCAAAUAAAGUCAUAUGUUAUUUUUUUAACGUGAUAAAAACUUGUAA